AUUUCCUCCAUCUUGACUCUUGUACCGACUGGACCGCGGCACACUUUUGACAGCGGAAAUGAGCAGUAGCCUCUUUUUUCCGCUUCGGGCGUGUGACUUAAAGUUUUCUUUCCUUUUUCUGUUGCGGAGGACCCGGCGCGUGCAGUCACCAUGAGAGAGAAAGCGAAGGAUUUUUCGACAUUUUUAAUGUUUUCCUCCAACGUCCACUUUCUUCUGCUCAUCGACCACGUUUAGAUGCUACUUUUUUAGAUCCCUCUCUGCCCAUAUUUCCGUUAUGCGAAGUCCAACUUGGUGGUUAGACGUCGUGCAGCGGUGGGUGCCCGUCCGAGAUAACGGAGAACUGAUUCUCAGCCAGUCUGGUUACUGCAAUGAAUGGUAACACUUUCCAUCCAGCCAACACCACUUCAGCAGGAGGAGGUCCGAGUGUAGCAGCGCCCCCAAAAGGCUGGAGGGAGUUCUGUGAGCUGCAUGCCAUCGCAACAGCUCGACAGCUGGCCGCACAUUACCGGAGCUUUGCCAGAGAGCGAUCGCAGCAUGACGUGGUCCCGCCCGAGGCCUUCUCCAAGCACUUCACCGACCUCUUCCAGCACCACUUCUGCCGGGAAAUCGACAAAGAUGGCACUCCACUCAGCCAGAGCACAUACUCUACUGCUCCUAUUAGCUCCUCCCCCACAUCUCUAACAGGGUCCUCUCCCUCAUCGCACUCUGUGAUCAGCCAACUGCGGAUUCCAUCUUUCUCCGGGGUGCAGGACUAUCGGGAGGCAGGCCGACCAAGUGGGGGAGCCGCUCCCAUAUCCGCGACCCCAAAAGUGGAGUCUGUGGUGGUGGGUCUAGAGCAGGAGCAGCCGCUGAGAUGUGCUGCAAGAAACUCCUUUUCGGAAUCUCGUAGCAUCAGCAGCAGGACGCUGCUGAUCCAUAGCCAUAGCAACGAUGACAUCUCUGGCGUUGAUCAUCAUCAGGUGUCUGAGCGGUACUCAUUUGAGUCCUCGGCCUCCAACCCCGGACACAGUGACGCAACGCAUUUCUCUGUCUGCCAAAUUCAGCAGACAGUAAAACGGCUUUUACAGAAACGGCCCUUCUCCAGCCCCCACUCAUCCCAGGACCUGUCUCCUAGCAACCUCACAUCCAACAGCAAUCCCCUAAACAACGGAGAGAGAGUGGGUGGAAUUUCCUCUGCCAGUGAGGAAGGGUCAUCCUCUCCCUCUCAUUCGUCAUCUUGUCUGAACUCUGAAGCCCCGCCCACAGUUUCCUCCAACCGUUCUGCGGUGGUGUCUCACCUCCUCAGUGGCUUCCAUUGGUUACGCAGCAGAAGCAUGAGACAGAGAAGGCCCGAGGCGAGUGGCUGCUGUAAAGAGGGCCACCUCAAGUACCUGCUGGUGGAUGACACUAUCUUGGACUCUCAGCCCCACUGGCAACGCUGCCGCCUGCUGGUCAGGAGGAUCAGAGAUGCUCAGGGUGGAGGUGUGAGCGAAAAGUACCAGUUGGAGCUCUACGAUCCUCCAAAGUCAUCCAGUCCCAAACUGACAACUCCGUGCUCGGAUAUCCAGGAAGUCCGUCGCUGCAACCGGCUGGAGAUGCCCGACAACCUCAACACGUUUGUUUUAAAGGUUAGCCGAGGUAGUCUGAUAUUUGAGACGGACAAUGACCAGCAGGUCAGCUCCUGGACCACAGAGCUCAAGGAAUGCAUCAGCAACAGGUCAGCCAGCAUGGAUCUGGAGUCCACCGUCGCCCCGGCUGACGGCUCUGCUACAGCCAAUCAGAGACGGGGCUCAGAAUCAAGAAGUCAGAGUCCCGUCACCUUCACCCUCCCAGAGCAGGUCAUCCAGAAGACAGACCACUUCCUGUUUUCCUACCCCUGGUUCCACGGGCCCAUCUCUCGACUCAAGGCAGCUCACCUGGUCCAGAGCUCGGGACCCGAAGGUCAUGGGGUGUUUCUGGUCCGACAGAGCGAGACUCGGAGGGGAGACUACGUGCUCACGUUUAACUACCAGGGAAAGGCAAAGCACCUGCGCCUCUCUCUUACUGAAUGGGGUCAGUGCAGGGUGCAGCACCUGCGCUUCCCCUCCGUCAUGGACAUGCUCAGCCACUUCCGCCUUUUCCCCAUCCCACUGGAGUGCGGAGCGGCCGGAGCCGUCACUUUGUCCAGCUUCGUAGUGGCAGGCUCCAGCCCGCCGUCGCAGGGUCAGCUCUCAGGCGCCCUCCUCGUCCCAUUCUCCCUUCACCGCUGGAGCUCAGAGCCGAGCUUAGCUCACUGCAGCCUGGCUCGUAGCUCCCGUCAGCCGCCCCCCUUCUGCUCCAGCACCACCACCACCUCCGGCUCAGUUUCCCACUUCACUCGCAUCACCCCCGCCCCCGAACCCACUCCAUCAGGGCCCCCUCCUCUGCGACGGAGCGAGUCAGUGGGGAGGAGGCCUCUGCUUCGUAACCCGCACACUCCCAUCAUCCCUCAACGGGACUCGGACUACGAGCUAGAGCCCGAUCGGGGUCGCAAGCGGGCCAUAGACAACCAGUACAUGUUGCUCUGAUCCUCCGAGCCCAACGGGAGGCAGACGUCCCUCAGACAGGACUGAUCAACAGCCUGAUAAACUCGAGAGAACAAGUCUUUUUGUGUGUGUGUGUGUGUGUGUGUGUGUGUGUGUGUGUGUGUGUGUGUGUGUGUGUGUGUGUGUGUGUCAGACUCUGAAAAACCUCCAGUGUCCACAGUGAAUGUAUUUUCGAAGUUUAACAUGUCGACUGAUGAUCCUUGAUGAGGUCACAAGUGGGUCUCCUCGUGCCUGAAAAAGAAUUUCUACAGGAAAACUUUUAGGACGUCUGUUCUAGAUUUUUUUUUUUACACAGGUGCACUUGAUGUUUUGUUUUUGGCACUUAAAGCAGCACCUGCAGGGGUGCGCCUUUAAAAUCCUUCCCAGCGCUGAGCUAACUUCCACCUUUUUUACACAAACGUGCAGCACUCCCACAUUAUAUUCCUACUCUUUGUGCAUUAUUAUAAACCUGAACGCACACGGCUUUUGGUGCACUUUGCCAACCGUGUAUUUUUCUAUACACAGAAUCUUUUUGUAGAAAAAAGUUGAACAAAAAAAAAAGUAGAAAGAAGAAAAUUUUGUUUCAGUCAGUCGGGAAGCGUCUGAAGAACCACAAAGCCGAUCAGAGAUCAGAUGCUCAUCAGCACCAUGGCCACCUAAAGCUUUAAGUCUAGAUGCGUCUGUGGUUGUGCCUCUUAGGCCUAGUCCACACAUAGCCGGGGUUUUUUUAAACGAAUAUCCGCCCCUCCAAAAACUUGCAUCCACACCACCUCGUUUUAAAAAGAACUCUGUCCACACGUACCCGGAUAAAUACGUUGUUAAGGACAUGCCAGACCUGUAGGCGGCAGUACUUCCCCCGUUCUUAACCUCGUCCUUCGUCUGUGGUCUUCCGCAAGGAGCAGUAAUUCCGCUUGCAAAAACAAACAAGCAAAAAGCGCUUGGACAAUUGAUAAAGCGAGCGCAGCUCUGAGGGCAUCCAUGCUGUCGGCUAGUGUAAACACAGGUCGCACACGUGAUGUCAGCAUUUUUUUGUCGCGGAAAGUGACGUUGCGGACCUUAAAACUCCGGUUUUGUCUGUCCACACGCAGACACCCAAAACGGAGAAAACGCAGAUCUUCACUUUGGCCGGAGUUUUUAAAAAGAUCCGUUUUCGUGUGGAUGACAGGCCAAAACGUAGAACAAUAUCUACGUUUUGGCAGAUCCCCGGCUACGUGUGGACAGGGCCUUAGAUAAAGUUUCAUUCAAACCAUCAGAUUCAUGUUUGUAAGUCACGUGUUUAAAGGAAACGCCACAAAAUCUACCAACGUGGAGGGAAGUGAUGAUCCUGAUGACGCUUCUGAGACUGAUCCCUUCAUCAGCUGUUAGAAGCUACGACCCCAACAUCCAAAAAAACGACUCGAAUGAAGUUUUCUCAUGUUUCUUGAUUUUGUGGCAUAAAAACUGAGUCGGGUAUUUUUAAAUCACAGUGAAAGACUUAAACCAAUUUUUUUAAUCUUCAGUAACUCUUGCCGCUCCUGAAAACACUGACUCAACAGUGCCUGUUGCUAUGACGACGUGUACUUUUUAAACUAUUAGGUUCUGGGAAAAGGAGCAUCAUGUUUCUAGCUUAAUCUUCACUUAAAGCAUUAAUUCUCUUCGAUUCACCACAGCAGCUGGAAGCAAGCGGGCUGUGGAGACGUUUUUACACUAGACGUUAUUUUUAAGUGUUUUUCACCGACAAAGCUCUGACAAGUGUCCCAACGUGAAAUGGGAUGCACGUUUCUGUGAGUUCGCCAAUAAUCUAUUAAAAGGUGCCUUUAAAAGGUUUAACCCACCAAGUUUGAAGCUGCACUAACAACGUGUCGACUCAGGUGUGCAUUUUAUGUCCUAAGAUGAACAUUUUUUACCAAAGUUUCCAUGUUGUGGUUCUUUUCACCUAAAAGCCUCCAGAGAUGAUUCAGAUCCCAGAUUUACUCAGUCUGUAGUUUUUGUCAGAAGCAGCGGGAUUUUGGAAAUAUUGUGCUAAAAUGUGUGUCUUCUAACUUUCCUUUAACACUAACUUUAGCAGAUAAUGUUAGAUUUACCUUCAGUGUGCCUCACGUCUGGUCUAGACAGCGUUUUGCAUCCUCUGCUGCGUUUUAAUUAGCUGUGAUGAUGUUGUCCUGCGUCCGUUUUUGUAACAAUGGUUUAGCCGUUCUCUUUGAUCGUGAUUAAGACUGACAUCUUUUUUUUAUUUUUAUUUAAGGGGAACAAAAACAAGGAUGUUUUUGGCAAAAGUACGGUUGGUCUGCCCGCCUUUAUGUGCCUAAACAGAUCCCUCAUCAGCACCACUCUGUUUCAUUUCUGCUAAAGCAGAGCAACGGUAACGGGAACCCCCCCCCCCCACCCCCAGAAAACCAUUCCGUCUCUUUUCCUUCUGGGAGAAUAACUGUGCCUUUGCCACAAAGCUGCUGUUGCUUUUUCCCCUUCUCCAGCGCUCAGGGUGUGAUUGUGUAGUGCAAUAAAACAAAAAUGCUUCACACCUUUUGUGUACGUGAGGAAGCAUUUUGUGCCUGCACCUGCUCACAGAUGAAGUUUCAAAAAGGAUCCAGAAAACACGCCGUGUUCAGAAUCAACACCCGCUCCAUAAAAGCGUCAUGUCCCUCCUCUCUCUGUUUUAUUUUGAAAAUGUCCACCUGGUGAAUGUAACCUGUCCUCAAUACUGUUCAUCCUGUUUGUUAACUUCGCACUGUAAACAUUCCAGUUCAGCCCAACAAACCACAACAGCUUUAGAAAUCCCUCACUGGGUCAGUGUCCCUGUUAGUUCUGAGCAUCUAAAUUAUACUAAAUAUAUAAAUAUAUGUAUAUCAACUGUAUAUGUGACGUUUUUUAAAUAAAGAAAAACAUAACCAGUAA